AGCAGGCGCACAGAUGAUGAUGAUGAUGAUGAUGAUGAUGAUGAUGAUGAUGAUGAUGAUGCGAUGAUGAUGAUGAUGAUGAUGAUGAUGAUGAUGAUGAUGAUGAUGAUGAUGCUGAGGAUGAUGAUGGUGAGGAUGAUGAUGAUGAUGGUGGUGUUGAUUAUAUUUAUGAUAUAUAUCUUCCCGCGUUAUGAUUAG